UAUAUAUAUAUACAGACAUGCUCAAAUUUGUUGGUACCCCUCCACAAAAAACGAAGAAUGCACAAUUUUCUCUGAAAUAACUUGAAACUGACAAAAGUAAUUGGCAUCCACCAUUGUUUAUUCCAUAUUUAAUAGAAAUCAGACUUUGCUUUUGAUUUUUUAUUCAACAUAAUAUUGUAAAUAAUAAAACAAAUGAAAAUGGCAUGGACAAAAAUGAUGGGACCACUAACCUAAUAUUUUGUUACACAACCUUUAGAGGCAAUCACUGCAAUCAAACAUUUUCUGUAGCUUUCAAUGAGACUUCUGCACCUGUUAACAGGUAGUUUGGCCCACUCUUCCUGAGCAAACUGCUCCAGCUGUCUCAGGUUUGGUGGGUGCCUUCUCCAGACUGCAAGUUUCAGCUCUUUCCAUAGAUGUUCGAUAGGAUUCAGAUCAGGACUCAUAGAAGGCCACUUCAGAAUAGUCCAAUGUUUUGUUCUUAUCCAUUCUUGGGUGCUUUUAGCUGUGUGUUUUGGGUCAUUAUCCUGUUGGAGGACCCAUGACCUGCGACUGAGACAGAGCUUUCUGACACUGGGCAGUACGUUUCGCUCCAGAAUGCCUUGAUAGUCUUGAGAUUUCAUUGUGCCCUGCACAGAUUCAAGGCACCCUGUGCCAGGCGCAGCAAAGCAUCCCCAAAACAUAACCGAGCCUCCUCCAUGUUUCACUGUAGGUAUGGUGUUCUUUUCUUUGAAAGCUUCAUUUUUUCGUCUGUGAACAUAUAGCUGAUGUGACUUGCCAAAAAGCUCCAGUUUUGACUCAUCUGUCCAAAGGACAUUCUCCCAGAAGGAUUGUGGCUUGUCAAUAUGCAUUUUAGCAAAUUCCAGUCUGGCUUUCUUAUGUUUUUCUUUCAAAAGUGGAGUCCUCCUGGGUCUUCUUCCAUGGAGCCCACUUUCACUCAAAAAGCGACGUAUGGUGCGAUCAGAAACUGACGUACCUUCACCUUGGAGUUGAGCUUGUAUCUCUUUGGCAGUUAUCCUUGGUUCUUUUUCUACCAUUCGCACUAUCCUUCUGUUCAAUCUGGGGUUGAUUUUCCUCUUGCGGCUGCGCCCAGGGAGGUUGGCUACAGUUCCAUGGACCUUAAACUUCUUAAUAAUAUUUGCAACUGUUGUCACAGGAACAUCAAGCUGCUUGGAGAUGGUCAUGUAGCCUUUACCUUUACCAUGCUUGUCUAUUAUUUUCUUUCUGAUCUCCUCAGACAACUCUCUCCUUUGCUUUCUCUGGUCCAUGUUCAGUGUGGUGCACACAAUGAUACCAAACAGCACAGUGACUACUUUUCUCCAUUUAAAUAGGCUGAAUGACUGAUUACAAGAUUGGAGACAUGUGUGAUACUAAUUAAAGAAACGAAUUAGUUUGAAAUAUCACUAUAAUCCAAUUAUUUAUUAUCUUUUCUAAGGGGUACCAACAAAUGUGCCAUUUUAGAAUAUCUUUAGAAUAAGCAAUAAUUAAUCUCUUUUCACAGCUUCUUUGCUUUAUUCUAUGACAUACCAAAAGCAUGCAAGUAUACAUGAUAAAAUAGCUUUUAAUUUCAUCACUUUUCAGGAGGAAUGAAGCAUUAUUUCAAUGAGCUGUAAGGGUACCAACAAAUUUGAGCACAUCUGUGUAUGUAUGUGUGUGUGUAUAUAUAUAUAUAUAUAUAUAUAUAUAUAUAUAUAUAUAUAUAUAUAUAUACUUGCAUUAACCUUCUGAAUGGCAAACGCCUUGUAAAUAUGGCCCAGAAUGUACAAAUGUGAAGAUCAAAUCAAAUUAUUAAAACGUAACAAAUAUCUUUUUUUCACAUAUCUAGUUUGGAAUUAAGAUGCAAGUCUAGUACAUGCCUUGGGCAUUAAAGGGUUCACUCAAGGAGAAGCAGCAGUACCCUGUACAUAUCCAUGAAGACUUGAAAACAGGAGAGACAUAUUAACAGGUGAAUCACUUUCAUGCUAUUGCCAGACCAGCAGGAAGUGUUCACCAGAUGUUUGCCCUAUCGGUAAUAACCUCUUAAUAGUUUCUAAUGGGGUUUAUAUUUUAUUGUAUUAUUUAGUUUCCUUUAAUUUAUACAAACUUCUUUAAAAUAUAUAUAUAAUAAAGAUUUGUUGACUAUGUAGCAUAUUGUAGUUCUUAAAAGUGCAAAAAUGGGUGCUUUACUUUAUAUUUUUUACAUAAACUAAGCAGAGUUUAAAAUGUAUUAUCAGACAUGGGAGAGAGGGAUGUAAAGAUACACUAAUCUCACGAUAUGUAUCGUGAUAUGUAGGUUGAGAUGCGCUAUGUAUCAGGAUGCAUGCAAUGGUCCUGAUGGGCUACUAUGAUGCAUUAUAAGGUCCUGUGAUCAUUUGAUGAUGUGACUAUUUUGUUAAAAGUCAAAAAAUAAAUGAGCAAGGGAGAGUAUAAAACACACAUAUUCCUCAUUCAAGAACCAUUUAGUGAACUACAGUGAUGGAUGUUGUGCGUUCGGUCCUGUAUCAUGAUACAUACUGUAGGAUACAUGAAAUCUAAUGUAAAGAAUGUAUCGCGGUUCAUCGAUAGACAAUGAACCAUUCCACCCCUAAUGGGAGAGUCUCCAUCCCUCCUCUCUAAUUGGAGAGGAUUUGAUUCUGGAAGGCAGUUGUGUUCAGGAUGUAGACAGAGACAGAAGCACAAGAUCAAUGAAUAAAGGUUCACUUUUUUGAAAGACCCUAAACGUUUUGCAAAUUAUGAAUUGUAUUAGUAAGUUUGUAAAUCCCCCAUAUGCAAAUCGUAUCCUUGACUACUGUGUCAUAUAAACUGUGUGCAUAUCCUGUGUGUAGGGUUGUGCAGGUGGUAUUGUGAAUCCUAUUCACACAAGAGAUGAAUUAUAUCAUCAAACAGUAAGCAGGUUUUGGUGUAGCAGUUAUUUGUUCAGCAGUAUUGCAGUUUACUGGCACUGUUGAUGUCACCUGCUAAGCGAAAGUAAUUUGUCUUCAUUAUAUUUUAGGAGGGAAAAAAAUCUAAUUUUCAUUGAAAAUUUCAGUGCCCAACAUUUUACACUGAACUGAAUUUUUCUGAUCUCUGACGGAAUAGUUUGUGAAGAUGAAUAUAUUGAAAAGGUCUGUACGAUUGAUAUGGGUUAUAUCCUGUUUAUAAAACCCUGAAAAUAAAGUCACUACCUCAAAUGGUCUCUUAGAUAUGAGGCUUUGGAAGUGUGACGUCAGCUUUUUAAAUUACCACCACAAAACACUUAAUUGUUCUGUAUGAUCCUCAUGAUCAAACUUGACCACAUUAUGACAGCCAUCUUCGGUCAAGGUCAAUGUAAAUAACACUGAACAUAUGAAACUUGCUCAACAAGUAGUUUGUGUCAGUUUUUAAAGUCCCUGUGCGAACUGCAGAAUGGCAGUUACAUACUCCCCUCACAGAAAUGCUUAUUAACUCAAUGGGAUUCAUGAUGCAGCCCUGCCAAAACCCUGAAAAACAUAUGCAUUAUCAAAUAGAAACUUAACAUGGUACAAUUAUGCACGCACUACCCAAAGUGUUUAUUCUUUGAUUCUUUAGCAUUAAUCUGUGUAUUCUCUACCAUAAAUACAGUUGUUGCUGAUUAUAUACUGUAGUUUAUUUGCAACCCCAAAGCUAAGCUGUAGGGACACAAGCCAGGCUUCCUCCCCACUUCUGCUUGCCACUACAUAACUCCAGCAAACAGGUCCGCACCAGGUGGGUGAGAUAGCAACCUACUUAAAGGAGUGCUUUUCAAGGCUUCAUGCAAACAAAUGAAAAGUGGAGCAUUUUACAGUAAACCAGAACCAAGGCUCUUGAACCAACACGCCCAGCUGAAAACCUGCAACCCAUAAGUGCUGGUCAUUGUGUGAGUCAGACUGUAGUACCUGUAGGGAGUAUAUAGGCAGCAUGUUUAUCAAUGCAUUAUCUUUAUAACCAGUCUUUGCUGUGAAACCCAAGUGGGGCAGGUAAUGUUGAUGACGCCCCAGUUUUAGUUGUAAACAUGCAGCACUGGCGCUCCAGCUCCCGCCUCACGUUUCUGCACUGCACCCUUGCUCACAACUGCUGCUGCAUCCACCAAUCAUGAAAAGCAGACACUUCCGGCGUACAUGGUUGCUGAGCGACUGAAGACCUCCGGCGUUUGGUGGUUGCUAAGCGACCUGAGCCGGGGUCUGUCAAUCACGUUUUUUUGCAAACUGAACGUGCAAGAGUUGUUGGAGUAGCAUGAGAAACUGGAGUUAAACUCAAGAUUGCAGUUAAGAAUUUGUUUAAAAAAAAAAAAAAAAACAGGUCAUGGCAGACAGUGAUUGUGAGGACACUGACCCUGGUCUAGAAGAUGCAGGUGAGCUGUUCCAUUCAGACCUGGAUGAAGAUCAUCACUCUUCCAGCUCCAGCACGACUGUACGGCCAAGAGACCACUGUGACUACCUUCUUGAUGCCAUUGAUGCCCAGCUCAGCGAGAUGCAGGCUCCAAGCCCCAGUGGACGAGGGAUUGCUGAGAGAGCUUCCUAUAAAUAUACAGCAGAGACUUCAAGAACAGAACACGAAGAACCAAGGCUGUGCUCCUCAACCCAGAAUAAAGAAGCUUCUCAGGCUGAACAGAGCCAGCAGGAAGGAGGAGACUCCAAAAAGGAACAAUACAAAUGGAGACUGAAGCAGCUUCUGGGAAGCGAACAGACAGACGCCCCAGGGUACCAGAGCGACUUGAAUACCACGGAGAGCGUCUGCACUGAGGAUUUUAUUACCAAGUUCAAAGAAGGGAUGGUAGACCCCCAGUCAGACUUCAGUGGGGAGCUGAGCAGUGAUGAUGGGACCCCUGGAUGUUCUCCUUCUGGCGAACGCUCUUCGAAAAGAACAAGCGAAGAAAGCGCUGCAAAACCAGAGUCCUUUCUGAGUAUAAGCAAGGCCAGCACCGCAGAAAGAGAGGCCGACAAUGAAAUUGUCGUGCUAAACACUGCAAGGAGGCUGGAUAUCGUCCAGCAGUUUAAGCAGGAUUUAGAAAGCGAUCUUCAAGGAACUGUUGCGGAAGUUGAGGAGACACCCGGUACAGGUCUCCUAUCAAGAAACCGGAGAGACAGCUUGGAGUCUCUUGGGGGCCGGAUUUCUAGGCUUAGCCAGAGCAACACUCCAGAUUCUCAGAGCAUUCUUGGGAAGGAGAGGAGUGUCGCCCACAGCAGUGUCGCCCACAGCAGUAGUCCUGUAGAAUUGUUCAGAGAAGGUGGUAGUCCAUCUGUUAUCUCCCAAAAGGACAAUGUGAAAGAGCCUCCAUGUUUGUCGAUAGGAACAAAUCAAGAGAGCAUCCACCAGGAAAGUUGUGGAUCUUCAGCCCUUAAAGAGAUGUUUCCCAGCUGUGAGAGAUCUUCAGUAAGAGGCAACGGGGAGCGUAGGUUGGGCCAAGAGAACUUUACCAAUGGAACAAACCUGUCUGGUUCAACUUAUGUAUCUCAGUCAUCCACUUGUUCAGAUAUGUCUGUCUCUAUGUUUAAGGAAAAAGAUGCCUUGUCAAGGGAUAGGUGUCCUUCUCCAAUCAAACUCUCCAAUGAGAAGGAGAACACUUCAUGCAUACAAGAAGCGAAUGGAAGUGACCCAGAAGAAAGAAAUGGAAACUCAUGUCAGCCAGAAAGGAAAGGGGUGCAUCAUGAAUUUGGUGUGGUGUCCAUUUCCUCUUUCCAGCAACGGACUGUAAGCAGAUCAGAAAGCUGUCCUUAUAUUAAUGGAUCUUCCUACAGACUUGAAGCAGCUAACUUGUUACCUGAAUCAAACCACUAUUCAACCACUUCCGGGUCAAGGCACAUUCGAAGCAGCAGCCUAAGCAGUAGAUCCUCAGCAGCUAAAGGACAGUUUAAUAGCCAUCGUCCAUCUAGCCCCAGUUCAGACAGGAAGAUUGUAUCACAUAGAGCAACAGCUGGAAUCAACCAAAAAACUUGCGAGAACUUUGGCUCCGAGUCCAGCCUGAACACCAUUGGAACAGGAGAGUAUGUGGACUCGUUUCAGGCUGUGGCAGUCAAGCAUGUUGCUGGGGUUCCUGUAAAGAGUUUUGAUGAAGUGACCAUAGACAGCGAUCUGGAUUCAGUGAAAACAGAUAGAGUCCGGAAGCACUUUCAGAAAGCACUCUCUACCAGAAAUGGCUUUGCAUCUGCUAAGAGUGCCACUGCAGACGACCUCUACUCAGACCAGAGUGACCUUGACACGGCUAAACUGCAGCAGAUUGAACGCACGUUCCGUGACAUUCUGCGCAGAAAGAAAAGCUCCGCUCAGGGUUUGAAGAGUGUACCCGUGGCUGCUCCGUUCGGAUGUCGCUCCACUAAAAGACCCCGAAGCCCCAGGAAGGAUGCAUGCAGGUUCGAGAGCUCUGAUAGGACAGUGACUGACGAGGAGGAGGAGAGUUUAGAGCAGCGCUUCACGGAGAGCAGUGGAGAGUGGAGGACCAGCAGCCCAGUGAAGUGGAACUCGUGUCCCAAGAGAGGCGGGGAGCUGUCCUGGGGGCGCAGCCUGGGCUCGGAGAUCAGCGAGGCACACCAGCAUUCUUCCUGUUUGUUGGACUCGGAUCGGCAGAUCUUGGAAGAAUCUGUUUCCAGGCUGCGUCAGGAUCUUGCUGUGGAGGAAGAAACAUUGUCACACAGGAAGGCCCAGGUGCAAGAGAUAGAGCAAUCGCUUACUGAGGCUCUUCAGAAAAAAAAGCAUGCAGUUCAGGAGCUGGAGUCGGUGAAGUGUGCGGUUGAGAAGAGCCAGAAGGAGGCGAGAGGACUGGAGACCCGAGUCAGAGACAGCAAGAGCCAGGCAGAGGAGAUGAGGGCGGAGCUGGCAGUGCUGGAGUACAAGCGGGACUCGUGUCUGCAGGAAGUGCAGACUCUAGAGGAGGAACUGAGCGUGCUCAGAAGACAGUGCUCUGCCACACACAACAGCCAGCAGAGCACCCUGCAGAACCAAGUGUCCUCUCUGAGUGCGGAGCGUGAGGAGCUCAGGGCUCGGCUGUGGCUCAAGGAGGGCAGUCUGUCUGUCCUGGAGAGGCAGGAGUUGGAGCGGCAGCUGAGCUGCACCAGGAGCGAGCUGUUCACAGAGCAACGCAGCGCCCGGGACCAGAUCAGCCUGCUGCAGGAGCAGCUGGAGGACUGCCAGGUGGAGCUGGAGGAGCGGGUGUCCCAGGAGGCUUUGCUGCAGGAGAGGAGCGGGAGACUGGAGCAGCAGCUGAGAGAGAUGAACAGGAGGCAGGAGGAGCAGACACAGAAGCUGGCCCUGCAGAGCAGUGAGGCGAGCCAGGCCUUGAGCAGGCAGGUGCAGGAGGCAUCUGUCCAGCUCCUGGAGAGGGAUGGGAAGAUCUCUGCACUGGAGCGCAUCCUGUCUGAGAAGGAGCUAGAGCUGCUGAGGCUCAGGGAGGGCCAGGCCGCCCUGCAGGCUGAGCGGGAGGCCCUGGUCACAGCCAGAGAGACCCUGACACAGGAACACCAGAGGCAGCUGCAGCAGCUCCACCGUGACAAACAGCUGGAGGAGGAGCAAGCGAAACGGCAAUUGAAAGAGGAACUGGAUUUAAUCAAACAGCAAGAAAUCCAACAGGUUAGGGAACAAGCAGAGGAGGACAAACUGGAGGCUGUGAAGCACCAAGCACUUUCCUUCACAGUGGAGACGGAGAAACUCGCCCUGAAAAUCCAGUUAAAAGACGAAGAAAUUGUGAAACUGAAGGAAGCAGUCAGGGCGCAAGAGGUGUCCAUGAGGAAGCUAGCUGAGGAACUCAAACUGGAAGCCAAAGAGAUGGUGCAGGGAGCUUUGCUCCGGGAACACAGGAAAUGGGAAGCAGAGAAGACAGAGGAGCUCCAGAGGCAACGUGGGAUACUGGAGGACGAGAGCAGGAGAGCCAUGCACAGCAUCAAGGAGGACCAGGAGAGGGAGAGGAGAAAAGCACUCUCCCUGCAGAACAAAGUUAUCGAGCUGCAAACUAGAGUGCAGGAGCUGGAGUUUGAGAGCAGAGCCCUGCAGAGAGAGAAGCAGGAGGCUGUCAGUGAAGUGCGGAGCUCUCUGAGGGAGGAGAAACAGGAGAUACUCAGAGUCAAAGAGGAGAUGGACCAGGAGAAGGCCCGUGAGGUGGAGAGGCUCAGGCUGAGGCUGGAGCAGGAGGAGGCAGAGGUGCAGAGGCUCAGGGCUGGCCUGGGCGAGGCGGUGCGGAGGGAGAAGGAGCUGCAGACACAGGCCGAGCGGCUGGAGAGGGGAGCAGUGCUGGACCUCUGCCUGGAGUACGACCGCAUCCAGGACCUCCUGCAUAGCACGAGGGAGCGAGGAGCCGGAGCCAGCCCAGCACGUCAGAGACACAGCAGCCCCUCUCGUCUGUCCCUUCCCCAAGCUGUGCAGGCCCUGCGCGGGGCCUGUGAGGAGCAGCAGCAGCACAUCUUGGAGCUGCACCAGGAGCUGGACACACAGAGACGCACCGUCCUGCACAUCCAGCGAGACAAGGAUCGGGAGCUGCAGCAGCAGUGUGAGGAGCUGUAUCUGGAGAAGGAGGCGGCAGUGAAGAGCAUCAAGGAGCGCCUCAUCCAGGAGCACAUCGAGGAGAUCAGUAAGCUGCAGCGCCCCCUGCUGAAGGACUCCGGGGGCAGUGAGUGCCAGUCUCUCCGCCAGCAGCUCCGUGAGAAGGACAGCGAGCUGAGAGCCAUCCAGAGGAACAUGACCCACUGGAAGGACGAGACCGCAGCCAAGCUGGCCUGCAAGUUUGAGGAGGAACUCAACUCCGAGCUCGAGAAACGGAUGUCCAAGAACAAACCUGAUCACCAAAGAAAAAUAGAAAAGCUGGAAUCAGAAAUGAGAAGACUAUCAGUGGAGAGAAGUGAGACUGCUCCCCUGCGCUCAGCCUCCACCCCUUCCCUGAGCACAGCGCCCCCUCCUGGGCCCCAGGACUUCAGCACCCUGAAACUGCUCCGGCACCUGCAGAGCCGUGUGAAGCAGCUGCGUGCCGAGAACACCAUCUACCACCCGGGAAGCCAAGAUGACCUGGCCGGCUCCUACCGGGAAACAAUUCGUAUGACGCCGGAAAGACUGCCAACAAGAUUCAAAUCCAGUACCAGAAAACCACUCAUGUGAAGGGUCAUUCCUCUCUGUUACAGUUCACAGUUUUAUACCUCCAUCCAAUCCACAACGACACAGACCCUAAGUGCGAAAGAACUUUCAGAUUUCGCUGUACAUUUAUGCUGUAAAAAAUGCAAGUUAAUGCUCUCAACGAUAAAGAAUUACAAUUUGUAUUACUGUAACAACGUUAGUUUUAUAAUUUUAGAAAUAUUUUAAUCAAUAUUUUUAAAUUCCUAAAUAUGAACAUUUUAAAUGGAACUUUGUGUGUAUAUACUAUCCCAGGACUGCUCUGCAUACACACAUACAUACAUGCAUACAUGUUAAGUUUUUUGUGGGCUAGAUUAAUGUCUAUAAAAAACAAUUAUAAAAACAAAAAAAUCUUAUUUUUAGCAGGUGAUGGUUUUGUUAAAAUAAAUUAGUAAUAUCUACAAUGCUUUUAUAACAUUUUUUCUAUACUGUAAAUUGAAAAUAAUUUCAAAAAAGUUAAUUUAGAAACAUUACAUUUACACAUGUACAUAUUUUUUAUACCCUGUACAGUUGUAUUGUAAUUUGUUUUUAUUAAACACAUAUGCAAAUA